AUGACUGAUACUUCAGUCAAUGAUGAUCAGGGCGUCGCACUCUUGGAACUCCAUACAUCUUUAGUGUAUCCUGGAGUCGAAAUCACUCCAACCUUCGAGGAGUUACAGGAGGGUCUCAACAAAGUAUGUAAGAUCAUUUUGUCAACGGCCAAAGGUGUGUCUCAGUGGAUACGCUCCAGAAAAAAGGAUAAUGGCCAACCUUUACGCUCCGAUGAGGGUCAGGACAUCCCCGAAAAUGUUGCUGAAAAGAGGCGUGUCUGGAGAAUGCAAGAGCAAGUCUUAGAGGUCCCCUCGAAGAGACGGAACUAUUACAAACAUGUAUAUGAAAGCAAAGAUGUGACGAAAGUUUUGAGCCAUAUGCCCAGUUCCCUCCAGUCUACAAGGACAGAAAUCACCAGUACUUUCGCUCUCUGGAAUAAAUAUCAUCAUCUCUGGAAAACUGAGAAGGAGACGGUAAUCCGCACCUUUAUAGACACAAACCCGACGCUUCAAGACUACGACAGAGCCCUCAAGAGCUACAUCGACCUCGGCAAGAAAAUCAAAGCUGAGCCGAGUCGAUAUAGAGUGGGCGUUUAUUUAAUAAACAAUGAGAAUCUGAAAAAGUUUCUUGCCAUAGAAGCUUCCCUUUGGAUAGAGAAAUACUGUGAAACGCUGAAGACGACCCACAUGAAGGAGAUGGAGAGACUUUUUGCACAAAUCAGCGAGUUUUCUCGUCGACUUGAGCGACCUUUGAAAGACCUGGAUGACAUCAAGAGCGCGAUCGACAUCCUUCGAAAGACCCGCGACCUGGAGUUAGACAUGGAUGAUGCCAUUGACCCAAUAGAGGAAUCCUUCGGGCUUCUCGUGAAGUACGAGUUUGGCUUAACACAAGAAGAGGCAGAAAGGGUCGACAGCCUCCGAUUUACCUGGACGAAAGUACUGAUUCAGGCCGUAGACGUGCAAAAUCUCUUGUCUCGGGUCCAACCGUACUUCAGGAAUGAGCUUAUUCACAAUGUGGCAACUUUCAAGAAGGACUGUGAUAAAUUUGUGAAUGAUUACAGAACACAGGGUCCUAUGGUUCCUGGCCUACCGCCACAAGAAGCCUCAGACAGACUAGUUGUAUCGCAGAAUCGUUUCGACACCCUCUGGAGGAAACACUCUAGUUACUCUGUGGGAGAGGAGCUUUUCAGACUUCCACGUUCUGAAUUUCCUGAACUUGGCCAGAUCAGAAAAGAACUUAACUUGCUUCAAAAGUUGUAUAAACUUUACAAUGACGUCAUCGACCGGGUCUCCUCUUACUACGACAUCGCCUGGGUUGACGUCAACAUUGAAGAAAUCAACAAUGAACUUAUGGAAUUCCAGAACAGAUGCCGUAAACUGCCAAAGGGCUUAAAAGAAUGGCCAGCCUUCAAUACCUUAAAGAAAACGAUUGACGACUUUAACGAUAUGUGCCCUUUGUUAGAGCUCAUGUCUAAUAAGGCCAUGAAACCAAGGCACUGGCAGCGUAUUGCUGAGGUCAUUAGCAGACCCUUAGAGGUAGACAGCGAGAACUUCUGCUUGAGAAAUAUCAUGGACACUCCACUGCUCCAAUUCAAAGAAGACAUUGAGGAUAUCUGUAUAUCUGCUGUAAAGGAGAAAGACAUAGAGGCUAAACUAAGAAAUGUCACAAACGAAUGGGCUACGCAUGACUUGACAUUUUCCGUCUUCAAGAACAGGGGAGAAUUAUUGCUUCGAGGAGACACAACUGCUGAGGUGAUAUCGCAAUUAGAGGAUUCCUUGAUGGUGCUUGGAUCUCUCCUCUCAAACAGGUACAACGCUCCAUUUCGAAAGCAAAUUCAGAAAUGGGUCAGCGACCUUUCCAAUACGAAUGAGAUCCUGGAACGGUGGCUCUUCGUCCAGAACUUAUGGGUUUAUUUGGAAGCAGUUUUCGUAGGAGGCGACAUUGCCAAGCAACUUCCCAAGGAGGCUAAAAGAUUCUACGUCAUUGAUAAAAAUUGGCAACAAAUAAUGGGCAGGGCUCAUGACAUUCCGAAUGUCGUGACGUGCUGCGUAGGAGAUGACAUGCUGAAGCAGUUAUUGCCUCAUUUGCAGGAUCAGCUUGAGCUUUGCCAGAAAAGUCUCUCAGGGUACUUGGAGAAGAAAAGGUUAAUGUUCCCUCGCUUCUUCUUCGUCUCUGAUCCUGCCUUGCUUGAAAUACUGGGGCAAGCGUCAGAUUCUCACACGAUCCAGGCUCACCUAAUGUCCAUUUUUGAUAAUACAAAAACUGUACGCUUCCAUGAGCAUGACUAUGAUCGGAUCACAGCCAUUUCUUCCUCCGAGGGGGAAAUUGUACAGCUUGAAAAACCCACAAGGGCUGAAGGUAGUGUGGAGGUUUGGCUUAACAAGUUCCUGAUUAUGUGCCAGCAAUCUGUCCAUGGGAUAAUUAGACAGUCGCACCAUGUCAUUCAAGAUCCUGACCUCAAUGUUCUAAGAUUCUUGGAGCAAUUUCCUGCGCAGGUAGGCAUCUUAGGAUUGCAGAUGAUCUGGACUCGCGACUCGGAAUUGGCUUUGCAACAAGCCAGAGCAGACAAAAGAGUGAUGCCUGACAUGAACAAUCGUUUCCUGGACCUUCUGAAUCUCCUCAUCAAUCAGACCACCAGAGAUCUUGAGUCGGUGCAGAGAACGAAGUACGAAACACUCAUCACAAUCCACAUACAUCAGCGAGAUAUCUUUGACAGUCUUUGCCGGAACAAUGUGCGAUCAGUGAUGGACUUUGACUGGCUUCGUCAGAUUAGAAUCUAUUUUCGUGAGGACAUAGACAAAACUAAUAUCGCUCUCACGGACGUGACCUUCCAGUACCAAAACGAGUUCGUCGGAUGCACCGAACGCCUUGUCAUCACCCCUUUGACGGACAGAUGUUACAUCACUUUGGCACAAGCCCUGAGCAUGAGUAUGGGAGCAUGUCCCACGGGCCCGGCAGGUACUGGGAAGACAGAAACUACGAAAGACAUGGGGAAAACCCUUGGGAAAUACGUUGUUGUUUUCAACUGUUCCGAUCAAAUGGAUUACAGAGGCCUGGGGAGAAUCUUCAAAGGAUUAGCGCAGUCAGGAUCAUGGGGCUGUUUUGACGAGUUCAACCGCAUCGAACUGCCGGUGCUAUCAGUUGCUGCUCAGCAAAUUGCUGUCAUUCAUCAUUGUAAGAAAGAAAGGAGGAAAAGCUUCGUAUUCACUGAUGGUGACGUCAUCAACAUGAACCCCGAAUUCGGCAUCUUUCUGACAAUGAACUUGGGUUAUCAUGGUCGUCAAGAGCUUCCGGAGAACUUGAAGAUCCAGUUUCGCAACGUAGCCAUGAUGGUCCCCGAUCGGCAGAUCAUCAUUCGCGUCAAACUUGCUUCCUGCGGGUUCUUAGAAAACAUUACGCUGGCUCGGAAAUUCUUCACCCUCUAUAAGUUAUGCGAAGAACAGCUCACGAAACAGGUCCACUACGACUUCGGAUUACGGAACAUUCUAUCAGUUCUCCGGACUCUCGGAGCCUCUAAAAGAGCGAAUCCCAAGGAUUCAGAGGCGACGAUCGUCAUGAGAGUCCUCAGGGACAUGAACCUUUCAAAGCUUGUCGAUCAAGAUGAACCUUUAUUCAUGUCCCUUAUUGACGAUUUGUUUCCAAAUAUGGCUCAAGAAAAAGGUUAUUAUAACCAGCUGACAACAAAUAUAGCGGAGGUUGUCGCCGAAAUGGGAUUAAUCAACCAUCCUCCUUGGACAUUGAAGCUUGUACAGCUUUAUGAAACCCAGAGAGUUCGACACGGGAUGAUGACGCUGGGUCCAAGUGGAGCGGGAAAGACAAAAUGUAUUCAAGUCCUGAUGAAAGCGCUGACCAAAUUGGGAAAACCUCACAGAGAACUACGUAUGAAUCCUAAAGCAAUUACCUCUGCUCAGAUGUUUGGGAGACUGGAUGUCGCAACUAACGACUGGACAGAUGGAAUAUUUUCGACCCUCUGGAGGAAGACUCUCAAAGCUAAAAAAGGAGAGCAUAUAUGGCUAGUUCUAGACGGCCCCGUGGAUGCCAUUUGGAUCGAGAACCUGAACUCCGUUCUUGACGACAACAAGACGCUGACGCUAGCUAACGGAGACAGGAUCCCUAUGUCCCCCUCGUGCAAGGUGAUUUUCGAGCCGGCCAAUAUAGACAACGCCUCUCCGGCAACUGUAUCGCGUAAUGGAAUGGUCUACAUGAGUUCAUCAGGUUUGGAUUGGCAGCCUAUCUUACAGACAUGGCUAAUGUCCCGUCCACACUAUGAACAGCCUGUCAUAAGCGACCUCUUUGCGAGCCAUUUCUUAGCGAUGUUUACAUGGGUUAAGCAGAAUCUUCAACUGGUUCUCCCAAUUUUGCAGAUCAAUGUUAUUUCACAGGCGACGACGCUGCUGGAAGGUCUUCUUCCCGAAGAGCCGCAGCCACAGCAUGCACACAACCGUCGGGAACCAGAUCCUGACGCAGAGGAGACUCGUAACCAGCAAGCUCCAGUAGCAGACCACAUCGAGCGUCUCUUUGUGUUUGCCAUGCUAUGGAGUUUAGGAGCUUUUCUGGAACUCGAUGACCGGGCUAAAUUUGAAGAAUACAUCCGAACGGAGCAUCCGACGCUUGACUUUCCAGACAUAAACAGUAGUGAAACUUCGUCUGUUUUCGAUUUUACCAUCGAUGAAAAUGGUUACUGGCAGCACUGGUCAGCGAAGGUGGCAGAAUUCGUCUACCCUGACACUGGGUCAGCAGAGUACACAUCGAUUUUGGUGCCUAAUGUGGAUAACGUUCGAAUGGAUUUCCUCAUGCACAUAAUAGCUCAGCAAGAGAAGGGAGUCCUGAUUACUGGGGAGCCAGGUUCCGCGAAAACGGUGACCAUCAACGCGUUCAUGAAAAAAUAUAAUGCUGAAGAUCACCUCUGCCGAAAUUUCAACUUUUCCUCUGCUUCUACCCCACUUUACUUCCAGAAAACGAUUGAAAGCUACCUUGACAAAAGGAUGGGCAGCACUUACGGUCCGCCGGCAGGUAAGAAGAUGACUGUCUUUAUUGAUGACCUUAAUAUGCCACACAUCAACGACUGGGGAGAUCAGCCGACAAAUGAAAUCCUCCGACAAACAAUGGAAAUGAGUGGGUUUUACAGCCUCGAAAAACCUGGGGAUUUCUCACACGUUGUUGAUCUGCAGUUUUUGGCAGCCAUGGGACAUCCAGGUGGAGGUCGAAAUGACAUCCCUUCGCGUCUGAAAAGACAUUUCUGCAUUUUCAACUCAACGAUUCCUUCCGAAAAUUCAAUAAACAAGAUCUUCGGCGUUAUUGCCAGAGGCCACUUCAGCACCAAAAGAGGUUUCACUCCCGAAGUCCGAGAUAUGGUCGAAAAGUUAGUUCCUCUCACAAGAAAACUUUGGUCUUACACGAAGAAUAAAUUAUUGCCGACUCCAGCCAAGUUUCAUUACGUGUUUAAUCUGCGUGAUUUGUCGCGCAUGUGGCAAGGCAUGCUUGGGGCGGCAGCUAAUGUUGUGACCUCAACCAGCAUCCUUCUAUCUCUGUGGAAACACGAAUGCUGUCGGGUUAUAGCUGACAGAUUUACGUCACCUAAGGAUGUCAAGUGGUUUGAAGAGACUUUGAUCAGUGGAGCUGAGAUGGCAUUAGGGCCAAAGAAAACAAAGUGUAUCCAGAAAAAACAUUUUUUUGUGGAUUUCCUGAGAGAUGCUCCUGAACCGACCGGUGAUGAAGGAGAGGAUCUUGACAUGGAGAUGCCAAAAGUGUACGAACCGAUACCCUCCUUCCAAACCCUGGAAGAGAGACUCCAGAUGUUCCUUGCGCAGUACAACGAGAUCGUCCGCGGGGCUGGGAUGGAUCUCGUCUUUUUCCAAGAUGCCAUGAUUCAUCUCACGCGGAUAUCUCGCAUCAUUCGUAAUCCCGGUGGAAAUGCUCUCUUGGUUGGAGUGGGAGGGUCCGGAAAACAAUCUUUAACUAAACUAGCAUCUUUCAUCGCUGGUUACAAGACAUUCCAAAUCACAUUAACGAGGUCUUACAAUACAGCCAACCUGUUGGAGGACCUGAAAGUCCUUUACCGUACUUGUGGCAUACAGGGAAAGGGUACGACAUUCAUAUUCACAGACCAAGAAGUUAAGGAAGAAGGAUUUUUAGAAUACCUCAACAAUGUGCUUUCAUCAGGUAUGGUGAGCAAUCUCUUUAACAGGGACGAACAGGGGGAGAUUGUCAGUGAGCUUAUUCCUGUUAUGAAAAGAGAACAUCCAAGACGGCCGCCUACUCCCGAAAACGUGAUGGACUUCUUCUUAACCAGAACUCGCCAGAAUCUCCACGUCGUUCUUUGCUUCUCUCCGAUUGGUGAAAAAUUCCGAAAUCGAGCGAUGAAGUUCCCCGGACUCAUUAGCGGCUGUACGAUCGACUGGUUUCAACCUUGGCCGAAGGAAGCAUUGGUAGCAGUGGCCCAACACUUUCUGGAGAAUUUCGAAGUCAUAAGCACUCCAGAAAUCAAACUGAAUCUGGUUAAAUGUAUGGGUGCCAUUCAUGAUCAUGUUGCACAGUUGUGCUCCGACUAUUUCCAAAGAUAUCGUCGGUCAGCGCACGUUACGCCCAAAUCAUUCCUAGCUUUUAUCAAUAUUUACAAAAAGGUUUAUAGUGAAAAGAAGGAAGACAUCGGGGAAUCGGCCACUCGCAUGAUCGGGCUGGAUAAGCUUAAGGAAGCGUCGAAAGAAGUGGAGCGCCUGAGAGAGGAGCUGUCUGUCAUGGAAGAGGAACUAGCAUUGGCUUCGGAGAAAGCCGACAAAAUCCUGGUGGAAGUGACACGAAGCGCAGAGGAAGCAGAAGGAAUUAAGGAGGAAGUGGAGAAAGUCCGUGACAAAGCUCAGGCUCUCGUGGACGAUAUUGAAAAAGACAAAUCUUUAGCUGAAGAGAAGCUGGAAGCAGCCAGACCCGCUUUGGAGGAGGCCGAGGAAGCUCUGAACACAAUAAAACCUGCCCAUAUUGCAACAAUUCGCAAAUUGGGAAGGCCUCCUCACCUCGUCAUGAGAAUCAUGGACUGCGUCUUAAUUCUUUUCCAAAGACGACUUCAGUCAGUAAAGCCAGAUCCUGCCGUACCUUGCCCAAAACCAUCAUGGCCUGAGAGCCUUAAGAUGAUGGCAAGCACCACUUUCCUGCUUUCUCUACAGAAUUAUCCCAAGGACACAAUAAACGAUGAAAUAGUCGAGCUCUUGGAACCGUACUUCAGUAACGAAGACUAUGAUAUGGAUACAGCUAAGAGGGUUUGUGGUGAUGUUGCUGGUCUCUUGUCGUGGACGCGGGCGAUGGCUUUUUUCUUUGGCGUGAACAAGGAGGUUUUGCCACUGAAGCUUUUGGUAUCUGACGCCAGCAGUUUCUGCAAAGAUGGAUGUGUGUUCAUUACUAACUCAUCUUUUUCUCACAGACUUGUUGGCGAUGUGUUAUCAGCAACAGCCUUCUUGUCCUACGCAGGACCUUUUAAUCAGGAAUACCGAACCAACAUGACAGAAUCAUGGACGGAUUUCCUUAAAAUCCGUCAUAUCCCCUUCACGGUGGACCUGGAUGUGACAACGUGGCUGGUAGACAAUGCUACGGUCACCGAGUGGAACCUUCAGGGUCUUCCAAAUGACGAACUGAGUAUCCAGAAUGGCUUAAUUGUCACAAAAGCAUCUUGCUAUCCCCUUCUUAUUGAUCCACAGGGCCAAGGCAAAAUAUGGAUCAAGAACAGGGAAUCACAAAAUGAGCUUCAGAUAAGCUCCCUCAAUCACAAAUAUUUCCGUACCCAUCUGGAAGAUUCGCUUUCCCUCGGACGCCCGAUGCUCAUCGAAGAUGUUGAAGAGGAACUAGAUCCAAUCUUAGAUAACUUACUGGAGAAAAAUUUCAUCAAAUCAGGAUCCAUCUUGAAGGUACUUGUCGGCGAUAAAGAAUGUGAUAUCAUGCCUGGAUUUAUGCUCUACAUCACCACGAAGCUCGCCAAUCCUGCCUAUACUCCAGAAGUGUCGGCCAAGACAGCUAUUAUUGACUUCACAGUAACAGUCCAUGGUCUAGAGGAUCAGUUGCUGGGCCGUGUUAUUGGAAUGGAGAAGUGCGACUUGGAACAGGAGCGAGUUGAACUCAUCGAAGAGGUAAUGGAAAACAAGCGACGCAUGAAGGACCUGGAAGACAAUUUGCUAUAUCGUCUGACGUCGAUACAGGGAUCGCUUGUUGAUGAUGAAGACUUGAUAAGCGUCCUUCAGGACACAAAAGCUACUGCCCAGGACGUCAGCACCAAACUCAAAAUCGCAUCCGAAACGGAAAAAAAGAUCAAUGAGGCUCGAGAGGAAUAUCGUCCUGUGGCCACUCGCGGAUCCAUCCUUUAUUUCCUCAUCACCGAGAUGUCAGUAGUGAAUUGCAUGUACCAGACUUCAUUGCGACAAUUUUUGGUGAUGUUUGAUAUGUCCAUGUAUAGAUCUGACCGCAGUAAUUCUCCUAAGAACCGCAUCUGCAAUAUAAUCCGGUUCCUGACGAGUCAAGUGUGGAAGAAUGCUUGUCGAGGUUUCUAUGAAAAACACAAAUUACUGUUCACUCUGCUUUUGGCGAUGAAGAUUGAUAUGCAGAGCGGUGAAAUAACUCACGAAGAAUUCAUGAAAUUCAUUAAGGGAGGAGCAUCGUUAGACCUGAAGACAGUAAUACCAAAACCUUUCCGAUGGAUUUUGGACAUCACGUGGCUGAACCUCGUUGAACUCAGUAAACUGCAACAAUUUAAUAACAUCUUAGAUCAAAUUUCCGAACACGAAAAGGAAUGGAAGACCUGGUUUGAGAAAGACAAACCUGAAGAGGAGGACUUUCCGUGCGGAUAUUCGAGUUCCUUGGAUAUGUUCCGGCAGCUGCUGCUCAUUCGAUCAUGGUGUCCAGACAGAACCAUUUCACAGGCUCGGAGAUAUAUCCGAAAUUCUCUGGGAGAGCAGUUUGCAGAUAGCAGCAUCUUAGAUCUAGAGGCAACUUUGGAAGAAUCGGACAGCAGGACGCCGCUGGUGUGUCUCUUGUCCCAGGGGGCAGAUCCUACAGCUCAGAUUGAAGCAUUAGGCAAAAUAAAGGAAGUAGACAUGAAGACACUUUCCAUGGGUCAAGGCCAAGAAUCCCACGCCAGACGACUUCUCUCGGAGUCGAUGGUAGUUGGACGGUGGUUGUUGCUCCAGAAUUGUCAUUUGAGUCUGGAGUUCUGUCAGGAGGUGCUCGACUCCGUCACCGAUUACAGUCACAUUCAUAAAGGAUUCAGACUUUGGCUCACUACAGAAGUUCAUCCCGAGUUUCCAAUUGGCCUCUUGCAGGCUUCUGUUAAAUUCACCAACGAAUCCCCGCAAGGAAUCAGAGCAAGUCUCAAGAGAACUUAUGCUGAACUAUCCCAGGACCUCCUAGACUACUCAAACGUGCACCAGUGGCCAAGACUUCUUUAUGCCACAGCCUUUCUGCACACCGUGGUCCUUGAACGAAGAAAGUUCGGGUCGCUUGGCUGGAACGUUCCGUACGAAUUUAAUCAGGCGGAUUUUCAUGCAUCGGUCCAGUUCAUACAAAACCACUUGGAUGACAUGGACCCAAAGAAGGGUGUGUCUUGGGUCACUGUGUGCUACAUGCUGGGGGAAAUCCAGUAUGGUGGACGGGUCACGGAAGAUUUUGACAAGAGAUUGUUGCUAACGUUUCUGCAUGUUUGGUUUAAUGAAAGACUUCUCGCUUCUGAUUUUCGAUUUUUCCAGGGUUACGGCCUCCCAAUGUGCAAGAGCCAGGCGGAUUACCUGGAGUUUGUGAAUCUUUUGCCACCUACCGAUUCUCCUGAAGUUUUUGGCCUCCAUCCAAAUGCUGACAUUACAUAUCAGAUCAACACUGCCAAAGGGAUCUUGGACACAAUCCUCAGUAUGCAGCCGAAGGAGGGAGGACAAAGAGGAGGCGAAACGCGUGAGGCUGUAGUAUCUCGAUUAGCCAAUGAUAUGUUGUCGAAGUUGCCUGAGGAGUACAACAUGCAUGAGAUACGUGAAGCUCUUCAACGAAUGGGCGCCAUUCUUCCCAUGAAUAUAUUUCUUAGGCAAGAAUUGGACCGGAUGUUAAAGGUGCUGAAGGCUGUGCGUAGCACUCUGCUGGACAUGAAUCUUGCAAUUGAAGGCACCAUCAUCAUGAGUCCAGCAUUGAAAGAUACGCUCGAUGCCAUGUACGAUGCGCGAGUCCCUGAACAUUGGAGGAAGGUAUCCUGGGAAUCUUCUACUCUCGGCUUUUGGUUUACAGAGCUUCUUGAGAGAGAUGUCCAGUUCCGAAAAUGGUACAUGCUAGGAAGACCGAAGUGUUUUUGGAUUACUGGGUUUUUCAACCCUCAAGGUUUCCUCACAGCCAUGAGACAGGAAGUAACUCGUCAACACAAGGGCUGGUCUCUCGACUGCGUGAUUCUUCAGAACUUGGUGACUCGUUUUAAUAGAGAAGAAAUCCACGAACACCCACCAGAGGGAGUUUAUAUUUAUGGCCUCUUCUUGGAAGGGGCUUCUUGGGAUCGAAAGCAGUGUCGUCUUAUUGAGUCAAGGGCUAAGUCUCUCACAAAGUGA